CUGGACCCCUCUGGAAGGCGACACCAGUCAUGAGGAACUGCUGGGAAUUGCCUGGUGCAGGGCUCAGUGCCUGUACUGAGCUGGAAUGGGAGAGUGGACCAUAGUAUGUUUGAGAACACCAGUGCUGCCACGGCACCCACCCCACGCCUGCAGCACGUUCCCACUGGUGCCUUGCCACAGCCUUCCCGCCCCGCUGGCAGCCAGCACCUUCGUAACCUGGGCAAGGCCGUGGGGGCCAAGAUGAACGACUUCCUGCGCCGCAAGGAGCCGGCUGGACCCCCUGACGUGGGAGUGAUGGAGGUGAACACCAGCGCCGGUGCCGCACUGGGCAUGGGGCAGUCAGCAAGCGAGGAUGGGAGCAUGGGGCUCGAUGCUUUUCCCCGGCUGGACCCCCCACCUCCCAUCACCAAGAAGCGGACACCACGUGCCCUGAAGACCCCGCAGGACAUGCUCAUUGCACCUCAGCCAGAGGGCAGCAGCACAGAGGAGCCCCAUGAGCCACCUGCAGCACACGCCGACCUCGCGGAGGAGUGGCCAGGAGUGAGGGACAUCUCCCCUGCGGAGCACCCCGGGGUGCUCAGUACGACCGGCAUCCCAGGGCCGAGUGGGGACCAGCCCACCGCUGUCCUCCCUGUGCCCGACCUCAUCCAUAAGGGUGGCCUGGAGACCCCACCUCGCACGGAGAAGCCCCUCCGGGAAGUGGGCCUGGAGCAGGAGUUGUCAGGGAGUGCAGGGCAUGCAGAGCCAUGCACCCCCAGCCGGGAAGCAGAGGGUCCCCAUCCUGACCUGCUGUCUUUCGAAUAGCAGCGGGCAAAGGGCACUGAGGGGGCUGGCUCUCCCAAACACCUCUCUCUCUGCCACAUGCUGUUCUUGGGGUCGUUAUUUUGGGGAGAGGAGAGCCCCAGGGCAGCAGGAGGCAUCUCUGAAACGGCCUGCGGUGCAGGGAUCCUCCACCCCCCACCUCGUCUCUUCUUCCCAGGUGCCCCGGAGGAGCAGAGCCCGACUCGGGCAGCCGCAGGAGCACCGGCUCCCUGCCCCCACCUCUGUCCCACCACCGCCUGUGCCCGCAGGCUCUCAUAGCCCGGAGGUGCCCCUCGGCCUGCGGGUAUGCACAGCAGGGGUUAUCCACAAGGGGAACUGGCAAACCAGCGGCUGUAGGCAGCACUUCUGACCCGGAGCACAGCGGUGGCUUCGAGGGGGUUACGGUGAAGGUUACGGUGGGGAUUGUGAUGGGGAUUAUGGUGGGGGUUACGAUGGGGGUUGUGAUGGGGUUAUGACGGGGGUCAUGGGGAGGGUGCGUCCGGGGGGAAAGCGGUCACUGUGUCACCCACCCCAGCCGCACAGCUGCGUCCCACCCCCGGCCCUGAGGCCAGCGGUGCCGGCGGCACCCUCUAUUUAUGUUGUCUGGGGUGUGUACGUAGUUUGGGAUAAAAGAUGCGAAUUGCACAAUAAAGGUUUUUUUUGUAA